AUGUCAAAUGCUACAUUUUUCAAUGAAUUUAUUCUUCUGGGAUUUUCGGAAUUUCAUGAACUGAACCUGGGAUUUUAUAUACUCCUCCUUCUGAUGUACCUUCUGUCACUUAUAGGACAUUCCUUAAUCAUCAUCGUGGUUUCCAUGGAACCUAAGCUCCAUACUCCAAUGUAUUUCUUCCUCCUCAACUUCUCCCUGGCUGAGAUUGCUUCCACAACAUCAGAGAUCCCAAAGAUGUUGCUCAAUAGCUUAUCCGGCAAAAACACCAUCUGCUUUGCAUGUUGCAUGGCCCAAGAUUUCAUGGUCUUCACAAUGGGAGCUGUGGAAUUCAUCACCCUCACGAUCAUGUCUUUUGAUCGCUACGUGGCCAUCUGCAAACCUUUGCAUUAUCAAACCAUUAUGACUAGUGGACUCUGUCUCAAACUCUCUUUGCUGGCAUGGAUUGGUGGGUUUGGACUCAUAUUUCCUCAGGCGGUCGUGGUGUGGAUGUACCCCUAUUGUGGGCGCAAUAUCAUUGAUCAUUUCUUUUGUGACAUUGGUCCAGUUUUGCAGUUGGCUUGUGCUGACACAAUAGUGAUUGAGUUAAUAGGAUUCCUUUAUGGUGCUGCUAUAAUGUGGGGCUCCUUUGGGUUCUCUCUGAUUUCAUAUACACGCAUUAUAAAAGCCAUACUUCAGAUCCCUUCAGCCACUGGGAGGUCCAAAGCCUUCCUCACCUGUGCUUCCCAUCUUAUUGUUCUAACCAUUUUCUAUACAGCAGAUAUGCUUAUGUACUUGAAACCUUCAACGCAUGGUGACACCCGACUCAAUAAGGGAAUCUCUCUUGUACGCACCAGUUUUGUACCCAUGUUAAACCCUUUCAUCUACACAAUCCGGAAUAGUGAAUUCAAGACAGCUUUGUGGAAAGCAGUGACCAAAAGGAUGAGUUUCUAA